GUGUUGACACUUUCAUGGUUAUUCUCAUUCGAAGAGGUCGCGGCGGUUCCAAUUGAACGGAGUCACCCAUCCUUGCAAAUUGUUAAUAUGUCGACACUUUCCCAUCUCUUGUUCCUUCACCCUCCUCAUUUCUGUCUGUUUCGAUUUCUCUCUCCAUUUAUCUCUUCACGCCGUUCUCCUUACGACAGGAUAAGAUUAAGGGCAUCGUCAUCUUCAUCCGCAGACCCCUUUUUAUAGUAAUCAAUUAAUCAAUCAAUUCUUUCGUAGCCAUAUAAGAUUCAGAAUGUUUUUCAAUGAGGACCUCUUGCCGUUGCUUUCUGACCGAGAUUUUAGAGACAAAAGUCCUGCUUUUUUAGAUUCAUUCCAUCAGAUGCUUUCGAACUCCUUCACGAAUGUUAGUUGUGGCAGCAGCUCCGAAUUAUAUUCAGAGACAUGUCGUGACGAAUCUGCAGCUUUAAUCCUAAAAAUGGUCGCUAUUGCGUCCAUACUGAUUGCUGGAAUAGCGGGGAUAUCAUUACCUUUGGUUGGCAGAAAGAGUAGAUUCCUUGGGACAGAUUCCAACCUCUUUGUGGUUGCGAAGGCGUUUGCUGGUGGGGUCAUACUCGCAACUGGUUUUGUUCACAUGUUACCUGACGCAACAUCAGCAUUAAACGAUCCAUGCCUCCCUAAAUACCCGUGGUCAAAGUUUCCAUUCUCGGGUUUUAUUACCAUGGUCGCUUCCCUAGCAACUCUGCUAGCAGAUUUCUUGGGGACUCAGUACUAUGCAAGUAAGCAAGAGAAGCAACCUACAAGGGUUGAAUCGGUAGAGGUCAUGUCUGAGUCUGGCAUAGUUGAAGUGAAGGAGAAGAAUGACAUUGGGGAGGAUGAAGAUGAAGGGAUGCAUAUUGUGGGUAUACAUGCCCAUGCUGCUCACCAUAGGCAUAGCCAUUCACAGGGGCAUGGUGGGUGUGAUGGGAGUUUGAAGAAGAAGCUUUUGGAAGAUCAAACCGGCUCACACUCGCAUGGAGUUGACGAUGAAGAAGAUGGCUUGAGGCAUGUUGUGGUUUCACAGGUAUUGGAACUUGGGAUAGUAUCACAUUCCAUCAUCAUAGGUCUGUCACUUGGAGUAUCGCAAAGCCCUUGUACCAUAAGACCCUUGAUCGCUGCACUAUCAUUUCAUCAGUUCUUCGAAGGGUUUGCGCUAGGAGGCUGUAUUUCCGAAGCCCAGUUUAAGAAUCUCAAGGCAACCAUAAUGGCAUGUUUUUUCGCCCUAACAACCCCAUCAGGGAUCGCUCUGGGUACAGGCAUCGCCACUUCUUACAACCAUAACAGUCCAAGAGCCCUAGUUAUCGAGGGCAUCUUGGACUCUAUAUCGGCUGGGAUUCUGAUAUAUAUGUCACUUGUUGACUUGAUUGCAGCAGAUUUUAUGAGUAAGAGAAUGAGUUGUAAUGUGAAGCUCCAAGUGAUGUCCUAUUUUGCACUUUUUCUUGGAGCUGUAUUAAUGUCUUCUCUUGCUUUAUGGGCUUGAUUGAUUGUGUAUGAAAUAAUAACUUCGGUGUAUCUUAACUUACUUCCCAGUUUGUGUUUUAAGGGCUAAUUAGUCUCUUGUGAUGA